AUACAGAAGUCGCGAUUUCAACUGUAUCAAGCGUUGGAGUCUCCUAUUUUCACUGAGUAUAAAAGGCGUUGGUUACGAUAUCACACAGCACAGUCACACUAAAUCUCAACCAGUAAACAAUCCUGCUCCAAUAAUGGCGUUCAAAUUCGUUCUGCUCGCUACUCUGGUAGCUGCCGCCAGCGCUGGUCUGCUUCCUGUGGCUCACCAUGGAUCGAUCGCUACGUCGCACUCCACCAUCCAGCACCAUGCUGCUCCCACUAUCCAACAUGUCGGAUCGGUCCACGCUGCCCCAGCUAUCUACCAGCACUCGGCCCCGGCUAUCUACCAGCACUCGGCCCCGGCUAUCGUCAAGACCAUUGCUCAGCCCACGAUCAUCAAGUCGGUAGAGCACCACGCUCCGGCCAACUACGAGUUCUCGUACUCCGUCCAUGACGAGCACACCGGAGACAUCAAGAGCCAGAACGAAACUCGCCACGGAGACGAAGUCCACGGACAGUACUCGCUGUUGGACUCCGACGGUCACCAGCGCAUCGUCGACUACCAUGCUGAUCAUCACACCGGAUUCAACGCCGUCGUGCGCCGUGAGCCAUCGGCUGUGAAGAUCGCUCAGCCCGUGCACAAGGUGAUUGCGCAGCCCGUGCAUGUGUCCAGCUAUGCCCAUGCUCCAGUAGCUCACGCCACUGUCCAGCACCACCAUGCUGCCCCGAUCGCGCACUACUCCGCACCGAUCGCGCACCACGCUGCUCCGAUCGCGCACUACGCUGCCCCGAUCGCGCACCACGCUGCUCCGAUCGCGCACUCAACCUCCAGCAUCGUCCAUGGACCGAGCCAUCUGAGCCAUCAUCAUUACUAAGAAUCAUUCUAGUGGUGUAAUAAGGACUUCAGUUACAAAACAGAUAGUUUAUAAAAGCAUAAAUAAAAAGCGAUUAAAAAUUA